AAAUCUAUAUUCCUGCAUGUAUACCGAAGAAUUGGCCAUAGAUUAGAGAAGAACAGAUAAGUAGAUCACCAUUCGGACCUCAUCGACUGGUCUGACCAGUUCGACCGUAAACCGGCAACUUCAACGAUUUGGUUCCUCAAGUAAUACCAAACAUUCAAAAACCAAAUGAAAACCGCUGAAUCGGUCAGAAAUCGGACGGUCAGACCGGAUCGGGACCCGGUCGGUUCAAAAAAAAGAAAGAAAGAAAAAACGCGAGAAGCGGCUUCUCCCAGCCCUAGAGCGGUAGAGCCCCUUCUCCGAUCUCGUUCCUUCUCCCACCAGAAAGCAGAACAAGCUUGAAGCUUCUCUCUUCCAAAUAAAAACGGAAAUCCUCGCCUAUACCACCACCGCAGGCCGCAAGCAGUGAGCCACUGCCGCCGUUUGUUGCUGUCAGGGGCUUCUCUCCGUCCGUCCGUCCGUCGGCAUUCUCCAAAGAAAAACCCUUGUUCGCUCUCACAGUCUCACCAGUUGCAGGCGCGCAGCUUCUUCCUCGAGCUCGGCUACUGUCGUCUUCGUUUUCCUCAGCUCCUCCUCGUGACCUCGUGAGAUAUUCACCCCCAGACCCAGAAAGCACUAAGCCUCCAUCUCUUCUCUCUUCUUCAAGCUGUAUCGCCGCCGCCGUCCUAGUGCCGCCGUUCUAGCGCCGCCUUCAAAUCUGCUCCAGUCGCCGUCCCCGCUGCUCAACGGCCGUCGCAACUCGUCUCUGCCGUCGCAACUCAUCUCUACCGUUGCAACUGGUCGAAUCGUCUCAACUGCGUCGCCUCAUUUCCACUUCUGUCGCGCCGCCUCUUUUCCGUGGGGCUCCAACCGUCGUCUGUUCCAGUUCCGUCGCCUGUGUUUUCUAGUUCGAGUUCCUCAUUUGUGCUCCCUCCCCCUCACCUGUGUUUGAGUUCCAGCCCUAAUGGAAGAACUUUGUAGAGAACGAAACACCUCAAUUUGCUUCACAGCACAACACAACACUUCACUGUUCGUUCUGAUUACUCUUUGAAAUUCAAUCUUCACCGCGUGGAAUGGUCGAGUGUGAGCCCUAACAAACCCCUUCGGUUCCCCACUGCAAUUUUCAACAUUUGCCACCAAUGGACAAGUCCAGCGCCUUGGAGUACAUCAACCAGAUGUUCCCAAAUGAGGCAUCUCUGUCUGGUGUGGAGCCACUGAUGCAGAAAAUCCAGAACGAGAUUCGCACUGUAGAUGCCGGAAUUCUAGCUGCUGUUCGCCAACAGAGUAAUUCAGGAACUAAGGCAAAAGAAGAUCUUACUGCAGCUACACGUGCUGUGGAGGAACUUAUGUAUAAGAUCCGAGAAAUAAAAACAAAAGCUGUACAGAGUGAAACGAUGGUUCAAGAAAUAUGUCGCGACAUUAAGAAAUUAGAUUUUGCAAAGAAGCAUAUAACUACAACAAUUACUGCACUUCAUCGUCUUACAAUGCUUGUCUCUGCUGUUGAACAGCUUCAAGUCAUGGCUUCAAAACAUCAAUAUAAGGAAGCUGCUGCACAGCUUGAGGCAGUGAACCAGUUAUGCAGUCACUUUGAGGCUUAUAAGGAUAUUCCAAAGAUCAUAGAACUAAGGGAGAAGUUUAAGAAUAUCAAGCAAAUACUUAAGUCACAUGUGUUUUCUGAUUUUUCUAGCUUAGGUACUGGAAAGGAGAUGGAAGAAACUAAUUUGUUCCAGCAGUUGUCUGAUGCUUGCUUGGUUGUUGAUGCAUUAGAACCUUCUAUUAGGGAAGAGUUGGUAAAUAAUUUCUGCAAUAGGGAGCUUACUUCAUAUGAACAAAUUUUUGAAGGAGCUGAACUAGCAAAAUUGGAUAAAACUGAACGAAGAUAUGCUUGGAUUAAGCGCCGAAUGAGAUCAAAUGAAGAGAUUUGGAAAAUUUUUCCAUUUUCAUGGCAUGUUUUAUAUCGUCUAUGUAUCCUAUUUUGUAAGAAGACAAGGAAACAACUUGAGGUUAUUUUUUCUAAUCUAAAGGAAAAGCCAGAUGUGGGGACCCUGUUGUUGGCUUUACAGCGAACUUUAGAAUUUGAGGAUGAAUUGGCCGAGAAAUUUGGAGCAGGCACUCAAAACAGGGAGGUUGGGAAUGAGAUUGAGGAAAUAGGUAGGGGAGCAAAUUCUGGCAGUAAUGCUUCUGAUAUCCGGAGGAAGUGUGAGAAAAAGCUUGCUGCUCAUCAAGGAAGUGACAAUGGGGAAAACAGUAGAAGUAAAGAUUUGGCGGUACCUGGAGCUGGGUUCAAUUUUCGUGGAAUUAUUUCAUCUUGCUUUGAACCUCACUUAACAUUAUAUGUAGAAUUGGAAGAGAAAACACUAAUGGAAAAUUUAGAGACACUCGUUCAGGAGGAGACAUGGGAUAUUGAGGAGGGAGGUCAGAAUAGUAUUUUAUCCAGCAGCAUGCAGUUGUUUCUCAUAAUCAAGAGGGGUUUGAAGAGAUGCAGUGCGUUAACAAAGAACCAGACACUAUUUAAUUUGUUCAAGGUUUUCCAAAGAAUUCUUAAAGCAUAUGCUACAAAGCUCUUUGCAAGACUCCCAAAGGGUACUGGAAUUGUUGCUGCUGCCACAGGCACGGAUGGACAGAUAAAGACAUCUGAUAGGGAUGAAAGGGUGAUUUGUUUCAUUGUUAAUUCAGCCGAAUAUUGCCAUAAAAUGGCCGGUGAACUGGCUGAGAGUGUUUCCAAGAUAAUAGAUCAUCAGUAUGCAGAUGGGGUGGAUAUGUCAGAAGUGCAGGAUGACUUUUCAGCUGUUAUAACAAAGUCAUUGGUGACAUUGGUGCAUGGCCUGGAAACCAAGUUUGACGUUGAAUUGGCUGCAAUGACACGUGUACCAUGGGGUACUCUUGAGAGUGUUGGUGAUCAGUCAGAAUAUGUUAAUGCCAUAAAUCUGAUUCUUACCACUAGCAUUCCUACUCUUGGAAGUCUUCUUUCUCCUGUCUACUUCCAGUUCUUUCUGGACAAGCUUGCAUCAUCUCUUGGUCCCCGCUUCUAUUCUAACAUUUUCAAAUGCAAGCAAAUAUCAGAAACGGGCGCUCAACAGAUGCUACUGGAUACACAAGCUGUUAAGACAAUCCUUCUUGAGAUUCCUUGCCUUGGUAGACAGACUUCAGGUGCUGUUGGCUAUUCCAAGUUUGUAAGCCGCGAGAUGAGCAAAGCUGAGGCACUUUUGAAGGUUAUACUGUCUCCAGUUGAUUCUGUGGCAGAUACAUACCGAGCAUUACUACCUGAGGGUACACCAAUGGAAUUUCAGAGAAUACUGGACCUUAAGGGUCUUAAAAAAGCGGAUCAACAAAGCAUUCUUGAUGACUUUAAUAAACAUGGCCCUGGAAUUAAGCAAACACAGAUUACACCUACAGUUGUCCCAGCUUCCCCCAUGGCUCCGGUGGUGCCUAAUCCCUCUGCCGCUGGACUCAUGGCAUCUCGGGAGGAUGUACUAACUAGGGCAGCCGCACUUGGACGAGGAGCUGCCACCACAGGGUUCAAGCGAUUCUUGGCUCUAACUGAAGCUGCCAAAGACAGGAAGGAUGGGCCUUUCCGGAAGCUUUUUAAUCCAUAACGAAGAGUGGGGUAUUGAACGAAAGUUUUUAUCAGAAGCUUUUGGUUGGUUUUUCGUUGUUCCAAGAAAAACUCUGUAUUUUUUUGUUGUAGGUUUAUUUUACUCUAAUUCUUUUUGUAAUUUUACGAUCAUGUUUAUCUUUAUUUCACUUUAUCAAUCGGAGUAGUUUAUUAAAAUAAUGUCUAAGAAUAUUUAUUCCA